AUGGACGCCUCCGACACGAAACACCGUCCCUCGGCGAAUGAGAAGAGACGCCCGAGCGACCCUGAUAUAAUUGAGACGUACACUGAGGAAGAGGAGAAGGCCCUCGUCCGCAAGAUAGACACGGUUAUCCUGCCGUUUAUGUGCCUCGUCUUCCUGCUACAAUAUCUCGACAAGCAAAGUCUCAGCUAUGCCGGCGUCUUCGGCCUCAUUGAGGAUCUCGAGCUCUCAAAUUCGCAAUACUCAUGGUGCAGCUCUAUCUUUUACGUCGGUCAAUUGGUGGCCGAAUACCCGUUUAUAUACUUGAUGAGCCGUCUACCGUUGACCAAGUUCGUCGGUGCCACUGUCAUCCUCUGGGGCAUCUCAUGCACCUGUCUCGCGGCGCCUCAAAACUACGCCGGCUUCGCCGCCGUCCGCUUCCUCCUAGGCUUCACCGAAGGCGCCGUCUCCCCAGCCUUUGUCACCAUAACCUCCAUUUGGUGGCGCAAGCACGAGCACGCCUCGCGCACAGCCCUCUGGGUAAGCAUGAACGGCAUCGCCCAAACCCUCGGCUGCCUGCUCAUGUACGGCAUCGGCAAAAACACAUCCCUCGCCCUGGCGCCCUGGCGCACCCUCUUCCUCAUCUGCGGCCUCAUCACCACCGCCUCAGGAGUCGGCUUCUUCACGCUCAUGCCCUCCGGCCCCUCAGACGCCUGGUUCCUCUCCCCGCGCGAGAAACACGUCCUCUCCCUCCGCAUGGCCAAGGACCGCGAAGGCGGCGAUAAGACCUCCUUCUCCCUCCCCCAGCUCAAGGAGACAAUGCUCGACCCAAAGGCCUGGUGCGUCUUUUGGUUCGGCGUGCUGGUUACAAUGCAGUCGCCUGUUCUGACCUUCGCUACCCUCGUCAUCAAUUCAAUCGGAUACACCCAGCUUCAAACAAUGCUGUAUACCGCGCCCUCUGGCGCCGUCCAGGUUGCGCUGCUCUGGGUCGGUUUGCUCUUAUGCUAUAUCCUCCCGCGCCAGCGCACCCUUGUCGUCUUACUCCUCACCAUCCCGCCUAUCAUCGGUACAAUCCUCAUGCUCGUCCUCCCGCUUAGUUCGGGCUGGGCGCUUAUCGCCUCUGCGUGGCUGGCCUCCUGCAUAAGCGCCUCAAUGUCCGUGCUGCUGUCCCUCGUCGCCUCAAACGUAAAAGGCAACACGAAGCGCGCGAUCGUCAACGCCAUGUUCUUCAUCGGCUACUGCGCCGGCUGCAUUGCGUCGCCGCAGCUGUGGACCAAUCGGCCCAAGUACCUGGAGGGCCUGAUCACGGCGCUUGUUACGUGGGGGCUGCUUAUUUUCACGACGGUGGUUUAUCGGUUGCUUUGUGUGUGGGAUAAUAAGGGGAGAGAAAGGGAGGCUACUGGUUUUAUUGGUGGUGGUGGGUUGGAGGGUGCGAUAGUAGGGCACGGGCAGGAGUUGGAUGUGAAUGGGACGCCGUAUACGGAUCUUACGGAUAAGCAAGAUAGGGCGUUUAGGUAUAGUUGGUAG